CAAAAUGACACAAAUCAACCUUGCAUCAUGGUGGUGGCAAUGGGAAGUAAUGACCACCAUUUCAGUUGUGAUCCUGGGUGUUCUAUGGUACAAGUUGACACUAUCGAUCUCCUCGCGAUCACCACGGUUACCUCCAGGUCCUUGGUCAUUGCCGGUUGUUGGGUACCUUCCAUUUCUUGGUCGUGAUCUGCACAUCCAUCUCAAAAACAUGGCUCACACCUACGGACCCAUUUUCAAGUUCUAUUUGGGAAGCAAGCUUUACAUGGCUAUAGACACCCCGGAGCUAGCUAAGGAGGUAUUUCGUGACCAUGAUGAGACUUUUGCUAACCAUGACCUAAAUGCCGCGGCCUCGGUUAAGUCCCACAGAGGCCAAGAUAUGGGGUUUUCCGAGUACAGUGCAAACUGGCGUAAACUUCGUAAGAUCUUUGUCCAUGAGAUGUUAAGCAGCAACAGUCUUAACAAAAAUAGUUAUUUCCGAACGGAUGAGGUUAGAAAAACUAUCAAGAAUGUUUAUAGUAAAAUUGGGACCAAUGUUAACAUUCGUGAUGUUUCUUUCGUUACUGGAGCAAAUGUCAUAAGAAGAAUGGUUUGGGAUGAAACAUCAUAUACAGGUGAAAAGGGUGUCGAUCUUGCAGCCGAUUUACAGAUGGUGGCAACGAACAUCAUCAAGCUUUUGGGGCAGCCAAACUUGUCAGAUUUCUUCCCUACUCUUGCUUGGUUCGAUCUACAAGGUGUUGAGAGGAGCAUGAAGAAGGAACUUAAGAAGGCGGAACGAAUUUUUGCAAGCAUCAUCGAAGAUCGAAUCAUAUCUAACUCCAAAAUGUCACAUGAAGAUGAAGGAAAGAAAGACUUUUUACAGAUCUUAUUAGACCUCGAGGACCAACAAGAGCUCAACAACACCCAAGUAAAAGGACUUCUCUUGGACGUAAUGCUUGGAGGAACAGAAGCAACGACCUCACUCAUAGAAUUGGCGCUGGCAAAUAUUAUGAAAAAUAAUGAAGUAAUGAAAAGAGUUCAAGAUGAAUUAGUAGAAAUGGUUGGACCAAACAACAUAGUCGAAGAAUCGCAUCUUCCAAGGCUACAAUACUUAGACGCAACGAUUAAGGAAACACUCCGGUUGCAUCCUAUAGCUCCUAUCCUAUUCCCACGGGUACCGAGCAAGGAUUGUGUGGUAGGUGGAUAUGCAAUUCCGAAGGGGACUGCCGUCUUUAUAAAUGUUUAUUCAAUCCAUCGGAAUCCUAGAUACUGGGACAAUCCCAUGGAGUUUAACCCCGAUAGGUUCUUGGUGAAGGAAGGGACAGACAUAUUGGAUUAUCGUGGGAACAAUUUGAAGUUCUUCCCGUUUGGAUCGGGAAGAAGAAUGUGCCCUGGCGUUCCAUUGGCCGAGAAAAUGCAAAAGUUUAUCUUGGCUUCUCUCUUGCACUCUUUUAACUGGAGCUUGCCGGAGGGUGUAGAGCAUGACCUUACUGAUAGUUUUGCUCUUGCGUUAAGAAAAAGUAAACCACUCAUUGCUGUCCCAUAUCAAAGGUUUCCAGAUGCAAGCCUUUAUAUGUAAUAUUUUCAGACCUCGGUCUACUUAUGGUUAUAACUUUGUGUUUCUAUUUUCUUUGAAGUAUUGUGUAAACUUUGUGUUUCUAUCUUCUUUGAAGUAUUGUGUAUCUAAUAACGCCUAUCGAAACUAUGUUAUAUAUUGUAAUAACGA